AAUUGAUGAAGAAAGACCGCCAGCGCUCUGAGUACGCCCGUUGAAGUUUGGAGUUUUGCUUCAAAAUUCUGCAUAAUAAUAACCAUUUUGGCAAACAGGCGUGCAGUUUCGCACCAUCGUUGUGGCUAGAUGUGAAAAGAGUUUUUGAUACUGGGCCAAGUGGAAACAUGGAGGAAGGAACAAGUCAGACAAUUGUUGUCAGUGCCCAAGACUGUACGAACAAUACGCACUCUGGGGCAGACACAGGGAUUGAGAUCUCCAUUGUCAAGCAUGGAAAUGUGACAAACAUUGUGGAUAGUAGCGGGAACACCCUGACCAGCCGCGAGGAUGACGUCAUCGCUGUCCUGGGCCAAUUGUUUGAGAGCGCUGAGGACACUAUACAGCACAUGGCAGAGCAGAUUGCUACCAAGCCACAGGUGCCUGAACCGGCUGUGAUCAGCACUGACCGUCUGAGGCCCUUUGUCUGUGAGUGUGGCAAGACCUACACCUGCAUGAGCCACCUCAAGUAUCAUCAGAAGGUGCACAGCAACAUCCGGCCGUACACCUGUGAGAUCUGCAAUCAGAGCUUCCUGCAACUGGGCCACCUCAAGCGACAUGUGCGGAUCCACACGCAGGACAAGCCCUUUGCCUGUGACAUGUGCAACAAGAGCUUCCGGCAGAGCAGCCACCUGACCUGUCACAAGCGCAUUCAUACAAAUGAAAAGCCCUAUUGCUGUGAGGUCUGUGGCAUGGGCUUCCGGCAGAAGAGUGCCGUCUUCCGACAUAUAAGUCGGAAGCAUGUCAAGGAACGUCACUAUGUGUGUACCAUCUGCAACCGGGGCUACAGUGGGGAGGCUGACCUGCGUCGGCAUGAAAAGACUCAUGUCAACAUCACUUACUUUGCUGUUCUGAACCUUCAGACAAAUACAUCCAAAAUCUGUGGUCACAUCCAGGAGGACGAAAACUUUGCUACCAGUGAUGCACCGUUGACAUCACUGGAGAACAAGGAAAAUAAAGAAGUGGACAAGGCGAUUGUGCACACUGAUACAAACAGAAGCCUUCCUGUUGAAUUCAACAAACCCAAACCAGCCUCGACAGAGCCCAGACCUUUUAGCUGUAGCACCUGUGGCAAAACAUACAAGAAUAAAGGCCACCUGAUGUUUCACUCUAAGGUCCAUCUCGCUGACCGGCCCUUCAAGUGUCCAUACUGCAACAAGGGCUUUAUCCAGAAGGGCCACCUGCAGCGGCAUGUCAUGGUCCAUACUGAAGAAAAGCCUUACGUCUGUACAGUCUGCAACAAAGUCUUCCGGCAGGUCAGCCACCUGAAUGAUCACAAGAAGAUCCAUGAUGACCUUCGACCCAAUGUUUGUGAUGUCUGCAACAAGGGCUUUCGGCAGACGAGUGCGCUCAAAAGGCACAUGAUUCGAAUGCAUGCGACUCACAAGGCCUAUGCUUGCCCAAACUGUCCUAAGAACUAUCGACUGGAGUCAGAUUUGAAGAGGCAUCAGAUGACCUCGUGUAACAGAGACAAUUCCAAAACUAAGAAAAAGCCAAGCAGAAGUAACUCGGGAGAAACGGGUGCUGAAGGAGGAAACAGUAAAAGUACCGGAACCAAAAAGCGGCGUCCCUGCAAGUACAAGUGUGACAUCUGUAGCAAGCCUUUCCGCAGCCGCAGCGAGAUCAAAGUUCACAUGCGCACCCACACCAACGAACGGCCAUUCCAGUGUGGCAUCUGCCACAAAGUCUUCAAACUCCUCACCCACCUCAAGGACCACAUGCUCAUCCACACUGGUGAGCGACCCUUCACCUGUAAUGUCUGCAAUAGUGCUUUCCGUCGGGACAGUGCCCUGCGCCGCCACCUCCUCCGCAUGCACUCUAAGGACAAGAGGCAUGUCUGCAAGGUCUGCUCCAAGGCUUAUGCCUCGCCAGUGGACAUGCGACGACACCAGAAGUCACACCUGAAAGACCAUUCAGGUCUACAGAAGAAACAAGGAGGCAGGAAAAAGCUGAAGAAACUGAAGAAGCAGAAAAAGGACAAGAAAUUGGAAAGUCACCCACAGGAGGAUGGGAGCAAGGAAAAGGGAAUGGUGCAAAAGUCAAAUGAAGAAGGUAUGGAGCAGGAGGACACUUCAGUUGAAGUUGGGGGACUACAGGAGUUGGGUAAUUUCUCACAGUUGGAAGACCGCAUCACAAAUUCAGCAGAUGGAGAGAUUCAGCAGACCUAUGUUGGUAGUGAAGGGUUGGCUGACUUGGAGGAAGAGAAGUUGACAGCUGCUCUUGACAUCAACCCAAACGAGGACCAAACUGCCGUUGAUGAUGUGUCAGCAAAUACAUGCAUAGCAGAAUCUGACAUUAUGCUAACAUAACACUCUGCCAAUCAGUAGGCAUGUACAUGUAUAACGUAGCCUAUUAGAGUGCAGAAAGUGCCAUAGCCUUACCAUGCUUUAGGAAUAUCUGAGCAGCAUUUUAGAUACUGAUGCUCAGAUGUGCCUAGUUGAGGACGUUACAGGUUUUGUGCACAUUCAGUUACAAAUUGAUCACACCCCACACCAUUUAUGCACACAGAUAAGUAAAUGUACAUGUACUUCAGCGUCCUUCUUCAGCUGCCUCACAGCAUGCCAACAUGAUUUCAGGACAUGCUGCUCUACAUUGUAAAUUAACACUUGAUGAAGAAUGCACAGUGGGGAUACCAUAACUGAACUUUAAAAUUCCAAUUGCACAUUUUUGAAUGAAAACAGGCCGAAAAUAACCCGCAUGUACAUAAAAGGCUUUUAGAGGAUAAGGCAGUAAAAAGAAUUUUUCCAUAAACAAAGUUCUUUUUAUUGUAACCAACAAAAAAGAUGUAAAGCACCAAGUUAGGCUCCAAGGCUGAAACAUUCACGGUAGUUUCAGUCUAAUUUGUUUUCAGGUGUGGCACCCAAGAAUAGCAUAUUGCGUAUACCUUGCUUAAUGAAUAUAAUAAUAGACUUGUACCCAUGGGUGCUGUUACAUUAAAAAUUUGUCAAUUAUGUAAAUUGUACAAUUGUAUUUUUAGGGUUGAUGUACAUAAUUCAACUGUGUAAUUAAUGUUAAAUCAUUAGGUUGAUGUUUUAUUUUCUACUCGGUUGUGGAUUUUGCUUUUUUUCUGGGGCUCUGCUUUUGAGGAGCAGCAAAAAAAUUUGCUUUCCAAGUAUUUUUAGGGAGAAAUUUAAAAAAAAUUUUUUUAUUAAUGAAACCUGCCCACAUAGGUUGACAGGUAGGAAAAGAGGGGUUUGAUUACAGGUACAUGUUUGGACGUGUGUGGACUUUUGUCAAUACCCACAAAUUCAGGUCAGUGAUAAACAAUAAUCACAGAUGGAACAAAUAAUUAUGCAGCAUUCUGCAAAUUUGCUCACAAGUCUAGGGAAAUUCACAGAAUAUUGGUUGAAUACUCCUUAUUUACAUGUAGUUAAAAGAAAUGAAAAUAAUUUAAAGCCUUGAAAGCAUUAAUGUACAAUGUACUAAAUGUACAUGUAAUUUACUUGCAGUUGUCUGAAUUUUGCUUAAUUCCGGUGACCGACAAGUACCUACAUGUAUUAAUUUGUUUUUGCAUUUUUCCUGUCUUUUUAAUUAGUUUAUCCUGAUUCAGCCUGCGUGCUCAUUUGACCAUGGCUUUCUGUUUCAAUAGUUUUUACAACCAUUUAACAUUUGUUUUAUUCGUUUUGCACAUUUUCAUUUUGUUAAAGCUACAUUGAAAAAUGUACCGUUACGUGUGACUUUCAAAGAAUCAUUUUGUAUUUUCACCAGCAGUGUGAGAUCAUCAAGAACCUGUACUUUAAGAAUUCUUAAGUGCACUUUACAUGUAUAUAAACUGUCCUUGUUUAACAGCCUUUCCUGCGGGAAGGUUUGGUUGUAUAUGAACAUGGGUCACGAGUGUGCCUUCUGACUGCACAAUUAGACAAUGCCCUGCAGUGCAUAACAGCUGAAAAUCGGUUUAUAAGAAGUGCAAACUUGUAAUUGUUGAAUAUUCCCAGAGUUUUAAGUCUGAAGCAGAAAAAUAUUGUCACUAUAACAGUGUUUCCAGGUUGUCCAUCCGUCAAACUCUUGCUGUCUUCAUGAGGACAAAGAACUUACCAUUGAACUUGGUCAUUACUAAAUCUAACUAUACACGGCACCGUUUUCAUCACAAACUGAUUAAGUCAUGUCAGUCUUCUUCCGAAUUUGUUUUUCAUGAUUUAGGAUAAUUUGUGUGCUUUGAGGGAUAGAAUUUGCGAAAUGUGAAUACCAGUUGUACAAAGCUGUGUAUAAUUUAAUGGAAUUUUAACAGACCGGAAAUUGUCUCUGAGUUUAAACUGGUACAGAUGUAAGGUUUAUAAUGAAUUACAUGGUAGAGCUACUCAAUUUGAUGUUGUGAUUUAAUUUCUGGCCUUUUGUUUCAAAACCCUUUCAUUAACUAGCAUCAUUACAGAAACAAAGGGUUUGACUUUUCUAAGAAGUCUCUUGUUUGAAUAAAUCAAAUUGAUCUAUUGAUUUAAAGCUAAAUUGAACAGAGUAUGUCACAACUUCCGUUCACAUUGCUUUGUCACAUUUCAGUCAUAUUUUCAAAACUGGAAAAAGGCACAAAAUCUCUAUUCUGCUGUCAAUGAAGAGGGCCCAAUGGUCAAUAAAUCCUUGAACAUUGAAUUAUUACGUGCAGUGAUAUGAAUUAAAGAAAGCCAAUGAUUUGUCAAAAUAUUUACAUCUCCCUAGUAAAAUACAUGUAGCUGGCACUAGGUCGGGACAUGCAUGUACAUGGACAUAUGUACAAUGUAUGUAGCAGAGAUAGUGUAGCGCUGCGUAGUUUGCCUUAGGCCACUGCCUAUAUCGUUUUUAGCCAUCACAUCACCAAUGGUGUUGAAGGUUUCUGGCAUUUUGUCUGCAUUGAUGAAAGCCAUAUGUGAUGGGAAUGAUGACAGCUGAGAAGCUUGGCCAUGUGAUAACACUGCUUGCAGCCUGUGCGUGUUUGGUGGGCGCUGAUACCGGUAUAACUUGUUACAACUCAACCAGCCAGGCCACUUUCAAAUCUCAUGACAUCACUGUUUUUCAAGGUGCAGAAACAAUCGGCUGUGAAGACGGUUUUGGCUGUUCGAAAACUGUGAUCACUAAAGGAGGUCAAACUGUUGGAGUCACCCGAGGCUGUGGAAUAUAUGGUUGCCUUGGUAAAUCCUGCUUUCUCCUUCAUGGUCAUCGCCUGUGCCUUUAUUGCUGCAAAAAGCCACAGUGUAACAGUGCUGUAGUUGUGACCUCUGAACUGACAAUGCUUUCUUUGUCUGUGAUUGCCAGUUGGACACUAAGAAAACAUUAAGAAAACCAUUUGAUAGUGUGUUAGGCCUGGAGAUUUGAUGGAUCAUUACCUUUGGGAGACACUUCAAAUGUGGCCAUGUCCGACAACCUCAAAGGAUAAGUUGCAUCACAUUCACUGUUAAAAAAGGCGGACAACCAACGUGGCAUCGGUGUCACAAACUCUUAACUUUUGAGCACCAUGUUUAUGAUGAGUGAUGCAGUGCAGCAGGCAUGGCAGGUGGCCAUAGAAGAUGCAGUGAACUACUUUACCUGGCCAAUGGAUGCUUUGUCUUAUGAAACAAUAGAUGAAGAGGCUGUGAUUUUAUUUCGCCACCUGAUGCCAUUUUUCAAGAGACAAUGGUAACUGCUGUGAUACUGAAUUUUUCUGAUGUUAAAUGUGGUGGUGGUAAAAACAUUUUCCUACUGACUGUGAAAGACAUGUCACCAAACAUCGUUUGUCACACAAUAUAGGAGGCACUGGCUGAAGCAAAUCCUAUUCAUAUGCCCAAGUCACACUUGGGGCAAUAUUGUACUCAAUUUUGUCUUUCAGAAUGUCGGUGUGUUUGCAAAAUCAAGAUGUGCCUGUCCACUACCAUAACUUGCCUCAAUUUUACAAAAAUGAUAUCUUUUAACAAACUUCUGAAAGGAUGCAUCUAUGUACAUGUAUGUAAUCUGUCCAUUAAUGCCAACUCCCUUGUGCUCCUUAUGCAUUGUGCAUGUAGUUGUUAUACAUGGGGGCAUUCUGUAUAUUUGGGGUCCGAUUUUUUCCUGUCCGUUACAUCUGACAUGGGUUUGUAAGUUUAGAACAUAUCCAUUAAUUUCCAAGAGUAUUUAAGUGAUGUUAAUCAAAUAAGGAAUAGUUUGAAAUCGAUUUCAGUGGUAUCCCCUGUCAAAUUUCACAUAUUACAUGCAGGUGUAACACUGAAAAAUAUGUCAGACCCUAAAUUUGCAGAAUGCCGCAUUUGUCCAGGGAAGCACACAAACCUUUCGUGGUCAUCCACAUCAAUUAUCAAAAUAAGUCAUUUUUUUCCGUCUAAUGUUUGCCUCGGUUUGUGGUCCAUGAAAGACAACUGCGCCCACAUGUAAAUCUAUAUGAUAUUAUUUAACCUUAAAGAAUGGCUUAUCGUAAAGUUUACUCAUAUUAAUGGGGAAAAAAUGAAUUUAUUCAAUGGUUUAAAGUCAUUUCAGACUGACCUCUUUAUUCAGUACUAACGUUGAUGCUUAACGAUGCAGUCAUAACUCAUUGUGCCUUUUCCUAAAAAAGGUUCGAAUAUAUAAUCUGUGAAGUUAAUAUUUCUGUCUUUAGUGUCCCUGUAAUAAAUUUGUACAAUGAUGGACUUCUUAGAAA